AUGACUCUUUUUAACCUUGCAGAUCAGCUAGCAAAGCUACAAAAUACCGAUAAGCGAUCUUUCCCACCGGUGGAAAGACCAUCUGAUGAACUAAACACAGUCAUUGAUCGAUUGGCGGUAUCGCCAGAACAAGUAGACGCAGAUGACGAGACGUUGGAGUCAUUAAUAGAUCUAUGUCAUGGAUUCCCACACCUUCCGGCCAAGCUACAGACUCAAUUAUGCUACUUAGUGGCUUCAUCGAUGGGCAAUCUGGCCCAUGAUAUUGUAUCAAAUUUAAGUGGAAAUUCAAACAGUAACACAGAUGUGAUAGAAUUCUUGCCGCAAUAUAGAAAGCAUUUAGAAGAGUACGGUUAUCUAUCCCAUGUGCUUCUAAGUUUUUUACAGGAGGAUGUUCAUAUUGCUGCUUCUCAAGCAACUACCCUGGGGCGCGGUGGUUCAAAGAAGGUAAAGUCUACGGGACCUGCCGCAGAACUAUUUAAAAGGAGUUGUAAUCAGAUUGAAUCUACAGCUGAAGCAGUGAUAAAAGUAUUGGAGAUAAAUCUAUCAAGGAUCUUUCAAACCACACCAGAAAAGGACUUGUUCGUGGGACUAUUCACGAAGCCAUUAUUUUCUCUGAUAGAGGUUGAAGCUGCUGUGAAAGUUCCAUCUUUAAAACUGCUUGUCCAGCGGAUUAUAGCGAUGUCCGUGAAAUAUCAAAAUCAAAGUUCCAGCGUACAGAAUGCAGUCAUGACUACCCUCACCUAUUUCCUUCACCUUUCAAAUUUUAACGCAGAAUUACUCAAGUCUUUAAAUGAUGAUUUUGACUACCCACAGUUAACUGAAGAGAUUUUACGUGAGAUCAGUUCAAGAGUUUUUAAUGCAAAGGACACCACAGGUCCCAAGGCCAUUUCAAGCUUCUUAACUAAAUUAUCAGAGUUAUCGCCACAGAUCAUGCUUCGGCAAAUGUCGCUUGUGGUAAGAUUCCUUAACAAUAGUUCCAUUACGCUAAGAUGCUCAGUGGUUGAGACUUUUGGAAAUAUCGUUACACGACUGGCGCAAAAUGAGCAAGCGUCUGACCACUAUAAGCAACAAAUUGAGGUUCUAUUGGAGCUGCUAGAGGAAAGAUUCCAGGAUUCGAAUCCGUACGUCAGAACCAAAGCUAUUCAAGGCUGCCUCAAGAUCUGUGAAUUAGAAUCCAAAUUUAACAAAAACAAGUCGAAUUUCACUAAACUUGCCCUCCGAUCAUUACAGGAUCGGUCUUCGCUAGUGAGAAGAAACGCAGUCAAAUUACUGUCCAAGUUGCUGCUAAAUCAUCCUUUCAAAGCCAUUCAUGGUUCACAACUAAACUUAUCUGAUUGGGAAAAACAUCUUAAGACAGCGACGAACAAUUUGAACAAAUAUCUUGAAAACAAUUCAUUGGAGACUCCACUUGAAACUGCCAUCGAAAUGUCACAAGUACAACAGACCGAAGAGUCCAGUCAGGAACACGAAUUAUCUGAUGAUGAUGAACUUUCCAGAAUUGAAAAAGAAACUCAGUCAAUUAAUACAACAGAUACUGAGGUCGUGCUCAGACUCAAAUUAAUGGUUGUAUACUACACCGAUGCCGUAGAAUUUAUCAAGACCAUCCACAAGAGUCUCAAAUUGGCUGCCACUUUGCUUUUCUCAAGGAAUAGAAACGAGGUAUUGGAAACGAUGGACUAUUUAGUUCUGGCAGAUGCCUAUGGGCUUGAGCCAAGCAAAAUUGGUAUCAAGAGAAUGCUUCAUCUGGUGUGGAUGAAGGGAACCAAUGAUGAGGGUAAAAGUAUAUCCGCUCAUCUGAUAGCAUGCUAUACGCAACUCUUCUUGACUGCGCCAGAUGGCUUCAAUUUCAGAGAAAGAGCUGCUUUUAUAGCAAAGAAUCUGAUUCACUUGACAGUGGGAGCAUCGCUUGCCGACCUCGCCUCUUUGGAGCAACUGCUCGGAAUGAUGUACAAAGAUAAACUAAUUGAAGAAAACGUCAUCAAUGUGCUAUGGGCAAUAUACAAUUCGGCCUCAAAGGAAGAGGGAGUGACUGAACAUUUUGACAAACAACAAGUGCAUGGAUCGGUCAUAGUUUUGGGAAUGUUGGCGGUUGCCAAUCAUGAAAUAACUUUGAGGGGGCUGGAUUCUCUUCUCAAUGUCGGCCUUGGGAAACCAGGCGAUGAAGAUCUUAUUUUGUGCCGAUACUCAUGUCUGGCAUUGGAGAGAAUGGUUCCAAGAAACAGUACGAAAUAUGUCUCCAUGAUAGGCGACGUUCGAGAAGACGAGGUUGUCAAAAAACUUUAUUCCAAAAUCAUAACUUAUACCGAGGAUCCUGAGUGGUACCCAGUGUGUGAGCAAGCCUUGAAUGCCUUCUUCGUGAUUUCGUCAAAAGCUGACACUGUGGUGACAGAGCUGAUACGUGAAAAAACAAUGAUGACUUUUGGUAAAUCCGAAGAAGACGACUCGACAAUCUUGCAACAUACCUCACGAGUAACUUCUCUGAGCCAGCUACUGUUUAUUGUCGGUCAAACCGCCGUGAAAGCUUUGGUUUAUCUUGAGAAAUGUGAAGCGGAGUUCAAGAGAGCUAAGAUUGAAGCUGAAACUCGCCAAGGUAGAGAAAAAGGCCAACAAGAUGAUGAGCGAGAAGAAGAUCCGGGCAAUGGCAAGGAAAAGGAAUUGGAGAUGAUCGGCGGUACGAAUGAGGACGAUUUUGCAGAUGCAAUUGCCUUCAUAAAAGAAAACGAACUGCUAUUUGGAGAAAACUCACUCUUAAGUAAGUUUUGCCCCAUUGUGGAGGAGAUAUGCUCGAACACUAGUAGGUUCAGCGACUCAUUGCUGCAAAGAGUAGCUGCUUUGUGCCUAGAGAAAUUCAUGUGCGUUUCUUCCAAAUAUUGUGAGAGACGUUUAUCACUACUGAUCACUAUGAUGGAGAAAUCAGAUGAUCCCAUCAUUCGUUCGAACGCCGUUCUGGGACUGGGCGAUAUGGCAGUCUGUUUCAAUAAUCUUGUUGAUGAAAACACAGACUACUUAUAUCGUAGACUACACGAUAAAAACUUGACGGUUCAGCGGACAAGCCUGAUGACAGUGACGUUUUUGAUCCUGGCGGGACAGGUCAAAGUUAAAGGUCAAUUGGGUCAAAUGGCCAAAUGCUUAGAGAAUCCAGAUCAAGGUAUUAGUGAUAUGUGCCGUUUGUUCUUCACGGAACUAGCGACCAAGGACAACGCUGUUUACAACGGAUUCAUUGAUAUUUUCAGUAAUCUGUCGAGCGACAAAGAUCUCAGCAAAGACAGCUUCAAGAAGAUUAUAAAGUUUUUACUGUCAUUCAUUGAGAAGGAAAAACAUCAGAAACAGUUGAGUGAGAAACUAUUCGGCAGGUUGCUCAAGUGCGAAUCUCAAAAGCAAUGGAACGAUGUGGCAUAUGUCCUGAACAAUAUACCAUACAAGGACGAAAGACUGGCCGAAGUUCUUGAAAAAGGAUUCAAAAUGGUGUCGGCAAGAGAAUAA